AAUUGCCCAUUUCCAAACCCUAAUAUAUCUGUAGAAAACAGCCAUAAAGAGAGAAAUAUUAGUAACAAUCAAUGGCAAUAUCAGGAGAUUUAAGGGUCUCCCCAACAUUACUUCCAUACCCUAAAAACCCACUUCGUACCUCUCUACCUCCUUCUAAGGUAGAUUUUAGUGCCUUCCUUAAUGGUGGAUCUAGUUCGACUGAGGUGUUGCCCAAAUGGUCUCGUGUAGCAUCUGAUAGCCAUAGCUUGCGAUGCCAUUCAAGAAAGCCUUUUGGGAUCCUUGGAGAUUAUAAAGUAUCAGCAAGUUCCAUCAGCCAGGAAUUUGAUAAUUUACUCCUCAAUGCUAUCAACAUGAGUUUUUUCGAGCGCCUAAACUUAGCUUGGAAGAUAAUGUUUCCACCAUCCCCUUCGGCAAGUAAUUCUGCUGCUAAUGUUGCUAAGCAACGCCUGAAGAUGAUUCUCUUCUCUGAUAGAUGUGCUGUCAGCGAUGAGGCCAAACAGAUGAUCGUAAGCAACGUCGUGAGCGCUCUCUCUACUUUUGUGGAAAUAGAAUCACAGGAUAAAGUACAGCUGAGCGUCUCAACUGAUCCAGACCUAGGGACAAUUUACUCUGUCACAGUGCCAGUCAGACGGGUGAAAUCAGAAUACCAGGAAGAGGAUCCAACUGGAACAAUAACUAAUGUCGAGUACAGAGACACUGGAGAUAGUUCAGUUGAUGUCAAGUUCGACUUCUAUAUUCCAAACGAGAAUCUCAAUGACUAUGGUUUGUGAAACCUGGUCAUGCCUUUGCCUAACUGGAAGAGGGUGGAAAUGUUGUCUGGCAUUUAAUAAUUUUUUCCUUUUUUAAACAUACUGGUAGGUGGCCCUCCAAAUAUCCUGUCGAUCAACUUAAGAGUGUUGUAAAUAUCUGAAAAUCCCAUUUGGAAGUGUUUGAUGAAUUUGCUAGAUAUGGUUACCAUCUAA